AUGUAUGAGCGAUACAGGCAGAAGGAUUUUGCGGACGUCCCGGACAUGAGUGCUCAGGACCUGGUGUCGGUGCUGCAGGCCGGGGACCGGGCAGCCCCGGUCGUUGUCGACGUGAGGCAGGCCGCGGAGCGCGCAGUGAGCCGCAUUCCCGGCAGCGUGUUCUAUCGGGACUUCAGCUCCAGCCGCGAACAGUACCGCGGGCGGCCCGUGGUCGUGCACUGCACGCUGGGCGUGCGCAGCGCGUGGCUCGCGCAGGGCAUGCUGCGCGACGGCUGGGACGUGCGGAACCUGGCGGGCGGCAUUCUCUCCUACACGCAUGCAGGCGGGCCGCUCGAGGCGGACGACGGUCAGCGCACCACGCGCGUGCACACGUUCAGCAAGAAGUGGGCGCUGCAGGCUCCCGGAUACGAGCCCGUGGCGUUCCGCUUCCCGUACCUCUCCAGCUCGCUCCCGUCGGCGUUCCGGUGGAAGCCAGACGAGAAGUAG